CGCUCCUGUGGCCUCGUGACUUCAGGAGCAGAGCUCUUGGUCUGGUAUGGGGACGAAUACGCCAGACAUCUGGGAAUCGGAUUUGAUCGACUGUGGAACAACAAGAGCUCUACUAAAGGAGGGAGAUCCCAGCUGACACCAGCACAGGCUUUCCCCUGUCCCGAGUGUCCGUACUCCUACACGUCUCAGAUCUUCCUCCACAAACACAUGAAGAGGAGCCAUGGCGACCUGUACGGCCGACUGCUGAGGAGUGGAGAAAUCAAGGUGGAGCCUAGUCUCCUCCCAUACGUCGCAGCCUCCUAUCAAGAACCAAUCGGAGCCUCCCCGGGAACCGUCCAAAGCACGAGCCAGAUUCCAGCAGAAGGAGCCGGACAACACAGAUCAUUGCAGAAAGGACAGUACAGGCUGGUGGGGAAGAUGAUUGCCCUCUGCCUGGUGCAGGGGCAGGUCUCUCCGAGAUUCCUAUCACAGCGCCUCUACAGACAGGUUUGUAAGCUGUCCCCUCUUCCUGCCACUUUGGAAGAGGUGACAGAUUACAAUUUGAGGACCAAGCUCCAAAAGAUUGCAGAUGCCACACAUGUGGAAGGUGCCAGGGAGGCUAUGGAGGAGGCCACAGACGAGCUCUCCCUCAUGGGCUCCUUCUCCUUUGUGCGGAGCCUCCCGCAUAGGGAUGAGCUGCUGGGGGCAGCCCUCAACUUCCUCACAGAGGGCCGUAUUUUGACUGCUCUCAAUCAAUUCAAAGAAGGGUUGGAGACCUUCGGGAUUCUAGCUCUUUUGAGGAUCCACCAUGAGGAGCUCAAGGGGGUCUUCAUGGACACACCUGAGCCGCUGCUGGCCUCCCGGUUGGAGUCCACAUUCAUGACGUCCUACCUGUCUGAGCCGGGCUCCAAUCGGAGGAGGAAGGAGGCCAGGACCCUUAUAUAUUGGAGGGACUGGCUGAUCGAGGUGGAGGAUGGAGAUACGAGUCUCACCCUGGGGGCGGUUUCUGGCGUUGCCACGGGCCCUCCAAAGGAUUCCUGCUGUGGGUUUUCCCAUCGGACCCCGGCUCUCUGA